UACAUCGUUAUCGUGCUCGCUGAUAAAAGAGAAUGUUGUGGCGUUGACCGGUUCGACGUCUGAUACGCAGUGGCAGUGCACAAUCCACGUAAACAAAUAGUACGACAAUGAUGCGUGACCCGUCCGGACAGCGUUUCCUGACGUGCGCCGCCGCAGCUGUACUGCUGCUGAUCGCGUCGUGGUCGUCCACGACCACGACAGCCGGUCGGUACGUGUCCAACCUAAACGGAAACUGCAUUCGGUGCUUGUGUUACGCGUCCACCCUAUGUAACAUGACAGUCGGGUGCUUGCGUGGUUACUGCGGUCCGUACUACUUAUACCGCGAUUACUGGAGAGAAGCGGGCCAGUUGGUGUUGCCCGACGACGACCCGGACCGAGACCAGGCGUUCGUGGACUGUGCUUUGAACGUGGAAUGCGCGCAAAAAGUCGUCGAAAACUACAUGGUUAAAUGGGGAAGGGACUGCAACAAAGACGGCGUGACGGAUUGCGAUGAUUACGCGAGAAUUCAUUUCAAUGGCCGUGAAGACUGUUCUGCUAUCGAAAACACUAAUUUCUGGAGGCGGUACGAAACGUGCCGGCCGGUCAAUAACAGAGGAAAAUUUAACUGAUGUUGUACCUAUCAAGAGGCCGAACUACACGAACUCAUUAAUAAUUACUAUUACCACGUUAUUAUUUAUAUUAAAAUUAAAUGUAUUGUA